UCAGGGAAAGCUUCCCGAAGCUGUUGCGAGAAACAAACGCUCUUUCUCGUUACAGCUUUUCAACUGUUUAUUUUCCGCGGAAUAUUUAUACUUUUGUUCGUAGAUAGUGAUUAGAAAAUUAUAUAAAAUAAAUCUAUACUAGGCACGAAUUUGCGCUGGCGUAAAACUUCGAACAGAGAAAAUGAGUGGUAGAUCACAAAUGACAACAAUGAAUGGAAAGAGACCAUCUUCAAUCCCAUCAAGACAUCAGUCUGAAACUGUAGCUCAGCAUUUCGACUUAAUUAAGUACAUUUAUGAUUCAUGGAAUACAGUAUCAAGAGAGUUAGAUAUGUGUCAUAAUCAACCGCACAGUAAUUCUUCUAAUUAUAGAAAUGGUGCAUCUGUUACAUAUUAUCAAGAAAGAGAACCAAAUCCACAACUAAAAGAUUUUGAGCCAUUUAACCUUGAAGCCUGGUGGGGACAGCGUGUUGUUCAAAGCAUCACUAGAAAUGCAAACUCCUAGUGCCAGGCUCAACACAUUGAUUAUAAUCGAACAUUUUCAAAUAGACAUAAAAAACAGAAAGGAUAAAUUCAGAGCUGCCGGAGAAAAUUCUUUCCAUUUCUAGAAACGAUUUAUUAUAUUGAAAAAUAUAUUGAAAAAUAAGUGAUGGGGAGGAAUAUAGUAUAGGUAAAAAUAAGUAUCUAGCAAUCAAUUUUGAAUCUUUUUUAUAACAAAGAUAGGAUAUUAGCAAAUAAUCAAAGAUGAUGAAAAAAAAAGAGAAAGGGAAAGAGCAGGGUUAUGGAAACAUACGCAAUAUUAGUAUGAAAA